AUGGUUCUAUUGCCUCCACCUCGGUUGAUUUAUGAUUUUUCCCGAAAGCCCAUGUUUAUUUCCUUUUGCUCCGUAAGAAAGUUCCAAAGUCGAAAAAAAAAAUCUCGCGCUGCGCCCAGUUAGCUAAAAAAAAUUACAAAGCGUAAAACUACAGUAAUUUUGAGCAGUUAGGAAGCCACCAACUUUUUAUCAAAAUCUUUGAUUUUUCGCUUAUCGCCUCUCCUUGUCAACAAGAGCACGUGGGAAUCAAGAAGGCGUGGUAGUUGGAGUUUCUGACCAACCUGAAGGCGUGUUUUUUCGCGCUUUUCGUGAAAAUAUUAUGUAAGUGCAGUAGGGUGCCAGACAAUUUUGGUCCUAUUUAAAGGGGGAAAGAACUUUGAGAAGGACAUCCUUCUUACAGAGGUUUCAUCUUCGAAAGUUCAACUUUUCUCCAACCGACCAUCUUCAAAAAUGACCAAGUGCCGUGAGUUUGGGAUUUUUGAAUCAAACUAAAAAAUUCGAAACUCUUCUAAAUCCUUUAGAAUUCGUUAGAACCUUAAGGAACCAAGAUCUAUUUCGAAAAGCCCCAGAUUGAGCAUCUCAGUCACAAAUUCAUACAGGAGACUACUCAUUGGAAUUUAUUGAAUGCCUAGAAAAUUUGGAGAAUAAAAAAAUCCUGUAAUUUUUGAAAAAUUAAAAACAAAAUCAACUAUUGAAACCGGUCAUAUUGAGUUUAAUUAGUUUAUGAAUCAAAUAAUUAUCAAAAAAAUUGAUGAAAAAUCGAAAUCCAGUUAAAGAACCAGUUUCUCAAAAAAACGUGAGUUUAAUGGUUUCUUCCAAUAAAAAAAUUCUAGUAUCAACUUUCAAGCUAAUUUUUUUCUAGAAAGUUUUCAGUUUUUUUAAUAUACAAUUCCAGUAUUUACACAUUCAUGAUGCGUGUAUCUUAUCAAUGAUUUUUUUCGAUUUUGAAAAAGCGAUAGAUCAAGAUCGAGCAGUGCGAUAAGAGAACAACUUUCUACUUGAAACGCGUUCGAAAACAAUAGAUAUGGGGGAAAAAGCUUUUUACGUGUUUAAAAAAAUGAUUUUUUUUAUAUUUAUAAAAAUCUUAAUUAGAUUAGAAAUAAUGUAACUACAGACUGCGAAAAAGGCUGACUGCAAGUGCGGCGACAACUGCCAAUGCACUCCGGACCACUGCGCCGACGUCUGCAGCGCUCACAACGAGCAUUGCGGUAUGUUUCGACCGUACUAUAUUUUGGAUUCAAAGCAGUUUUCCUCGAGCAAAUUCAUUUUUUUUUUUUGAAAUAAUUUGAAAAGUUUCCUGAAACGAAAGUUACACCGUCAGGGGGUGCUCAAAAAAGAUACUUGUUAUAGUCCGUUCAGGUUUUGAAUGUCAAGUAGAGUGACGUCAUUCGAAAACGCUCUGUAGAUGGCUCGCUCUCUGAUUGGUUUAUCACGCCAUUAGGGGGCGGAGCUUGAGCGAGGACUUGAAAUUUGAAAUCUGAACAGACUAUAGUAAACUGAUUGGCUUAGAACGCUGCUAAAGGCACUUUUGUAGGUACAGUAACUUGAUUAAACAUAGCCGAUUCUAGCUUGAGACGCUAAGACUCUUAGCGUCUCAAGCUAGAAUCUUAGCCUAAGAGGGCGUGGCCUGUCUGAACUCUCAAUGAGCCAGGCACUAUCUCGGGCAUUAUCGUGUCAGGACCAUUUUUCCGAUGGCUGAAGCCAGUCGUAAAUCGGUUAAAACUUUCGAAAAUUCUAGAAAAUUUGAAUAUUUCAUACUUUUCUGAUAAUUUCUCCCACAAAAUCACCAUAGAAAUACUAGAAACUCAAUUCAAUAUUUUUCUAAUAAACCUGCUCCAGGAAACAAGGACCACCAUCACGAGCACGGCGACGAUCACCACGAGCAUUCCGGAGAUCAUGCUCAUUCUGGUGGUGACCAUCAUGAGCACCAGGGCGAGCAUCACGACGACCACACCAAGCACUAAACAGUCAAUUAAACUUGUAAAUAAUCAUUUAUUCUUGUAAAAAUGCAACUGUUUUCCUUUUAUAAAUCAAUAAAGUUUCUUUUUUCUUGAAUUUUUCACGUUUUCUCGGAAAUAUGAUAACAAAAUCAAUGCAAAUGACAUCGAUUUUGCCACUGAUAAGCCGGUUUUCUCUCCAAAUCAUUUUCUGCCAUGAAUUCAAGUUCUUCCAAGCUUCUAACUUCUGAGAAAGUUAGUCAAUUACUUUCGCAGUACAAAAAGGUGAUUUUUAAACUUCAUACUUUUUUAAAAGUUGUCUUUCUAGGCUCCCGAACCUGUUAAAAAAGAAGAUUGGAAUAUUGUUAAUUAACACAGGAACGCCGAAGGAUCUCAAAUAUUGGACCAUUUAUCGAUAUUUGCAAGAGUUUCUGCAUGACAGAAGGGUAUUUGCAAUUAUUUAAAAAUGAAAUUUACUUUUUUAGGUGAUUGAACUAACCCGAUUCCUAUGGUGUCCCAUUCUCCAUUUCUUUAUCCUCCCUUUUAAACCUCUGAAAAAACAAAAAACGUACGGAUCGAUUUGGAACAAAGUUACUGAUGAAUCGCCAUUGCGGACUAUUAUCAAAAGCCAAUCGAAGCUUCUCAGAGAGAGGUUUGACUUUUUUUUUCAAUGUUUAUUGAAAAAAUAACUGAAAAUCAAUCUCCGGUCUCAAAAAGGUUAGGAAAAAAUAGCCGUCAAACAUUUUAAAAAUUGAGAUUUUGCGCUCCAUGGAGAAAUUAAAAUAUUUCUCUCCUUAAAAAAGUGAUCUUUUGGACUAGAUAUGCUAUCAAACUUUUAAUUUUUUUCAGAUUCGAUAGGCGCGAUGAUAUAAUUGUCGAUUGGGCCUUCCGGUUCGGAGGCCCAAGCAUCGAGGAAAAAGUCCAAGCACUGAGAGAGCAAGGCUGCGAUCGAUUGAUUUCAAUUCCGCUUUUCCCUCAUUAUUCCGCGACAACUAUGGCCAGCUGCCAGGAUCAGGUUCGAUUCGUGUUAUUGUACGAAACUCAAAAUAUCCGUAAGAGAAUGAUAAAGGUAACCGAAUUUCGAAGAAUCAGAGAUAAAUUUAAAUUUCGUGGAAGUUACUUUGAACACGGCACCCUUUACUGAAGCUCGAAAAACUAUUCAAUUUUAUUUUUCAAGUUUUUAUGACUUUUUUUCGAGAUAUACUUAUAGACGAUUCACGGCUAGCUUGGGAGGCAAAAAGGCGUGGCCUGUCUGCACUCUCCACCAACCAGUGCACUGCCUCGUUUCUUUUCGUGGCAGGACCCUUUUCUCGAUGGCAUAAGCCAGCCGUGAAUCAGCUAUAUUUCAUAUUCCUUUCCCAAAAUCUCUUUGCAGUUUUAUUUUUUGCUUUUCAGGUCUUCCGCGCUCUAAUGAAACAACGAGAUCAGAUGUCGGUCCAUACAAUUACUCCCUACUACACGGACAAGACAUUUUUAUCUUCCAUAGCUUCAUCGAUCCAAAAAAGUCUCCAAGAACACUCCUCCAUCCAUUUUGAUAUGCUUUUAUUCUCCUACCACGGCAUUCCUCUGAGCUACGAACAAAAAGGCGACCCGUAUGGAAGUCAAUGUCGGAAGACUACAGAAUUAAUAAAGUAAGUUUUUUCAUCUCUUUCUCUGGCAUCUCUUCCAGCCACCGCUGUUCUAUCACUUCCGAUUUCUAAGCCUUUCCUCUAUCCGAGACAACUUCAAAAAAUUGAAAUUUCAGAGAAACUCUCCGACUUGAUAUACCAAUCGGCACCUGUUUCCAAUCAAGAUUUGGCUAUUCCGAAUGGCUCAAGCCCUACACCGAUGACUUGGUUGUUCAACAGGCGAAGUCACUUUUUUUACUCUUAAGAUUUCAACUCAACUUUUUUAGACUCGGGAUGAAAAAUAUACUCAUAGUGACUCCUGGCUUCUCUACGGAUUGCCUAGAAACCCUGGAAGAAAUCGCCAUCGAACUUAAAAACGACUUUUUGUGAGUUUUUUCGAUUUAAAACUGAUUAAAAAACGUUUUUAGGAAGCACGGCGGGGAGAAUUUGAUCUUUGUACCUUGUUUGAACGAUUCGAGAGAGGGAAUCGAUGUGAUUGCGACUGUGGCUUUGAAAGCCUUGCAGUCUUUUACUUGA